CCUUUUCCGUUGUUGUAGAGCAAAGUAUAACGGAUUUUUACUCCAGUCCAGUUCGUGGCGUUAAUGCAACAUAUUGGAUGCCAACCGGCGUUAAACCUCACCAAAGAAGAAGAAAAUGCGCAACACAAACGUACAUUUGCAACUGCUAGACAGACUAACAGUUGGAUACUGAAGAAAGCAUACAGACUUUGAACAAUAAAAGGCUACCAGAGUGAGGACAGACAUUUUUCGGAAUAAACGUGUCUGAUUACGAAAAGUGGAUAUUGCGAGAAGAUCAUCCGUUUAGGCGGGGAACUUUACUCUAACGAACAAACAAACCAACCCAGGAAAUCGUGUUUUGCUGCUUGUUACGGGAAAAGAAGACGUCAUGCUGCCUUCUAAAGACGUCUGUUGGUCCUUGAUAAUAGGGAUGGUGCAACUUGCCUUCAUGGCUCUUCCUGUUCAAGCUCAAGAAUGCUCCAAACCCAUAGGAAAGCCCAACAUGGUUUUGACAGGAGCCUUCAUCGCCAAAGAGACAUUUGGAGAGGGAACAACCGCAAGUUUUGAGUGUGAAAUUGGUUAUGUCAGUGCAGGAGGGUCUCGAUCAGUCACCUGUACUGCUGGCGUGUGGAGUACAGUGACACUGACAUGCGAAUUAAGGCCGUGUGGCUCACCAGGAGAAGUGAUGAACGGCCGAUAUAAUCUCCCAGGGGUUCUGUUUGGCGACAGGGCUGUUGCUUUCUGUGACACUGGCUAUAUGCUUGUGGGCAGCGGUGUAAGGAACUGUAUGGUCGACGGCUGGGAUGGCAGAGUUCCUGUAUGUGAAGUGGUGAAGUGUGGAAAGCCCCCCACCAUUGUCAACGGUGGACUUGUUAUCCCACCUGAUGAAGAGUACCACUAUAGAAGUGUUGUGGAAUAUAGCUGUGAGAAGGAAUUCACUCUGGUUGGAACUAAAUCCAUAGUCUGUGAAAAGGACGGAGAAUUCCAGCCAGCUCCACCGGAGUGUAAAAUGGUUUCAUGUCUUGCUCCUGUUGUUGAGAAUGGCGUUAGGAUUGAAGGUAGUCUGCCCCCCUACCAGCACAAGUCUUUUGUGACGUAUAAGUGCAACGAUGGAUAUAAGAUGAUGGGAGAGGCCAGUCUGACAUGUGAAAUAGAAGGCUGGUCAGCUUCUAUUCCCACAUGCAAAGAUGGUGCACCUGGUCCCACUAGUCCCCCAGCGGCCAACAACCACACAUGGAAAAUAGUAGUGGGUGUUCUAGGUGGACUUGGUUUUGUUUGUGUUACAGGAUGUAUAGUCUACAAAUAUAAAGCACGUGCCAGGUCGUCUUACUUGCCUUAGUUUCCUCUUGCUUCGUUGAUAAGGGAGUCACAGUGAACAGGCUGCUGUGAUUUAAUGCACGACCCUCCUGCUUAUGAAUGCACCAGCCCCUCCCAAACACCGGGUUCAUAUCCUUUCAAAGGAAGCUCGAUCAUGUGAUGUUUUAGAAACCUCACGAUGAAGAAUGAAUAGGUUCAUUCCAAUUUGGAAGCUUGUGCUUAAUGAGUGGCCUAACCUGAUUAUUCAAUAACUAUUCAUGUUUCCAGUGUACUUCACAAAUAUCUUUCUUUAUCUGAGCCUGCUUUCUCAUUGCCAACCACCUUAGUUAAAAUUCUCAUGUAUGGAAGCUGCCCUUUAGGGCAACCCUGCAUCACAAAGCCAGUUUUGCCCGCUCUGAAAUAAAGGAAAUCAUAUCCAUUAAGAUGCCCAGCCAGACUCCCAGUAUAGAACCAUAAAGUGCUGUCAUUUCUAAACAGUAAAACAGAUUUGUAUGAAAAUGCCCUCAAAUGUGGCGUUCCGUACUGUCGCCUCGUAUCAAACAUUUGAUCUAAACUGCUGGAGUACAGAGCCUAAUUUAAGUUUUAGCUUCACUGACCAAAUAAAUACAUAGGAGAAUGUGUUUGACGCAACGUCUUAAUAUAAGUCAUGCCACCGAAGGUCAACAUGAUUGGUUAGGUAGAGCAGGUUGCAGGUGUGUUGAAACACUCAUAUCCUGGAGCUCAAGAGCAAAGAUGGUUCAAUGUGAAUCAAUUGCUUUCACCAAGUUUAGCUCUAGUCAUUGGCCUUAGACAAGUAUUGUGAUGUGAAUUCGAAAAGCUUGGUUUUACAAGGAGACCAUGCUUGAAACACCAGAGUAUACUUUUGAGUGUGUUUAGCUCUUUGAGGGAUCAAGGGCUCUGGCUCAUCAUCCAGCUUUGGAAUCUUUAUUUGAAUUUAUAGCCUAUUUUGUAUUGUUCUACUGUAGAUAAGCCAAGGAAAGAUGUAUUUUUUUUUAAAGUAAAGACAUUUUGUUUUAAUAUAAAGGGGAAAUAAAUGCCUGUAAUGUUCCGAUGUCUUAUUUCCAGAGAUGAAUCAUGUUUGAGACUUUUCCCCCUGUAAACUGUUCUUGAAUGUGUCACAUUGAAUGUGUGAGAUUCAUUAUGGCAACUGGCUGAAGCAUAUUGAGUAAAUGUAUUGGAGAUCUGCUAUUCAACCACUUCUAAUUUAACAUCCACCAUACCUGACAGCUGAAUUGCUGCCUUCAGUAAAUGCAAAGUCUCUUGCAAUAAGACCACUGGGCCAUGGUGUUCUAGGAGGAAGCCUGCAGCUCUCACUAAUAUAGAAGGCUAAAAUGAAUCUGUUUAUUUGUCACAUGCACAGAAUAGCACGUGUAACAGUAGGAAAAUGCUUACUUCCUCAACAGUGCAGAGUAAAUGUAAAGUAGAAAAACUCACUGUACAAAGUAGAUGAAUCGGGCACAGUGAAUUUUGAAAUGUUAAGAGUUUUAGAUUCUUUACUUUGCCUUAUCAAUGGAAAAGACAGAACAUUCUGCAGUUUUCCCUGUAUUUAUUUGAUGUUUUGACUGACUUUUUCCACUCCCCUCUUUGUUCCAUUGCUUGGUCGUCUCAUACUGGUGGUCUUUAUAGAUUUUUUUGUUUUUGAUGCAAAUGCGAUUUAAUUUCUAAUGUUUCAUGGGAUCUAAUCAAGUGUUUGCUUCAUAUGAACCCAUGUUGUUAUUUAGUAGAGCACAAUGUUAGGUGAAUAUAAAAGUAGGUUUGACUUUAAUUUAUUCUGAUCAAUGUACCCUACUAAAUAAACAGAGCAGUGUUAAAUGUAAAACAGCAUGUUUUCAAAAUGGAAUGAAAAUACAUGUUCCAAAAGGUUGUUUCAUUAUAUCUAAGACGACUAUCUAACAGGAGCACUUUUAAUGAAUAAAAUGAAGUAUUAAUGUGUGUUUAAGUAUAAUGUAGCUCUCACCACUGACUCUAAAUGCUCUACUUUACAUCUGUCUAUUACCAGUUUUAUUAUCAGUGUGGAACCACUUAAGAUAGUAAGUUGUGGUCAGCCAAUUAUGAAUGUUUUUUUUCUUCACGUUUGAUUUAAUGUACCAAUCAAUUAAACAGCGCUCAUUUAUACAUGAA